AUGAAUCUAAUUAUAUGUCGGUGGUUGCUGAUCAUGUUUGCCACUGAGGCAACAUUAGCCAAUAAUAAUUCAAGAACCCGCAGCUUCGCUUGGUACAAUCGCGAAUACAACUUUGCAAACAAGACUCAGCAGCAACAUUACAACUAUUAUGAGUCUGCUAGAAACCUACGAGCAGCACCAAAUAUAUUCACCACAAAAGAUAUGUUCCAUCAUGACAGCAGCCAUUCGGACGUUCAAAGCUUUUCCUAUCUCGAGGAACACGAAUUUGGUCCAUCGAAUUGGGGCGUCCUGAAUGCUAACUGCAACGGCCUGUACCAGAGUCCGGUUAAUUUGGCACUUAAUCGAUCACGGAUUAUUUACAAGAAACGUCCUCUGCAGCUUAUGGGUUUGGAAAAUCAACCCAAAAGUUUAACCGUUUUAAACGAAGGUGGAUCAGCUGCUUACUUUCUCGAGUUCCGAAAGGAAAACCGUCCGCGACUUCGGGGAGGUCCGCUGCCGGUAGAUUACUUGUUCUAUCAGUUUCAUUAUCAUGUAGGAUCAGAACAUUCACUCGAGGGAAAACUGUCAGCCGCGGAAGUUCAUCUAGUAUUCUACAACAGCCUUUAUGAAACUUUCGAAGACGCACGCGAUCAGAUAGAAGGCCUUGCAGUGAUAGCAUUGAUCUACGACGUACUAGCAAAAGACCGCAUCCAGACUUUGAACAAGUGGACUCGCUUCCUUGAUAGUGUCGUGGAUGAGGGUCGUGAAUAUCGCGCACCAGCGGCUAGGGUUUUCACACUACAAGAUGUUAUACCGAACACUAAAUGGCCAUAUUUUUCCUACGAAGGUAGCCUAACAACACCGCCCUGCACGGAAACGGUCCGCUGGCUGGUUGCCACCGAACGAAUGCCAUUAACCAAAAGUGAGCUGAAGAAAAUGCGCCAGCUUAAAGGCAGGGGCGCCGAAUGGGUUAAAAACUCUCGGCCCACCCAGGCGCUCAACUACCGAAGGGUGCUGUUAUACUGA